GACGCGGCGGGCCCGAAUGGCGGGCAGCAGCGGCUGGGCCGGAGACCGCGCGCAGGAAGAAGGUCAAGAUCAAGAUACUAUAACUGGAGAGAUUACAGCUUGGAAUUUUCUUUCUGAGACGCAAAUAUGUGUUUUAUCUGAAGAAAAUAUGGAAGGGGUUCAAAAAAAACUAGAAGAGUUCCUGAAUUUUAAGCAACUGAAGACAUCUUUGAAAGAAGCUGUCAUACUAGACUACUAUCUGUUGGGAUUUUGGUGGGCUAAAGAAAUGAAUUUCAAUCUUACUCAACUCUCGGGAUUCAUGGCUCUAUUAAACUUUUUGUUGGAAAACCUCAGCACCAAACAUAUGACACUAGAAGACAACAUAAAAGAGCUUGGGAGAACAAUGGUUGGAAUAGGAGAACCUCAUUCAGGAAACAGUGGUGACUUAGAUUUCUUCAGUGUUGAUCAAGCCAAGGCUGUAAUCAGUUACUUGAAAAUCAGCUUAUUACAACACUAUAAACUAUACGAGUAUCUCUUCCACAGUCCCAGGGAAGAACUUGUGAUAGGGGAUGAGUUUCAUUUUCUCCAUGCUCCAGUUCUGGUGUGGUGUCCCACUGGCUCCUCUCCUCGUCUGGCUUUGAAUGUGAUUGAACUUGUCAAAUCUGCAGAUACCUCUUUCCCCGCUCCACUAGAAGAAGGUCUUUCUUACAAUAUAUAUUCAUCAUUUAUAGCAAUGCCUCCAGCUGCAGAGGAAAUUGAUCAAGAGUAUUAUCCAGAAGAACACCAACCAGAGGAGGAAUCCCUAAAAGUAGAUCCAUUGACUGGUUUCACCACUGAAGAUGUUAAAUCUGUACUGGGUCAGAUCACAAAUGAAGUUAUUGGCAACCUGCAGUCUGAGAUAAAUGAAAAGCUGCAAAUGCAGGAAGAUGCUUACACUGAGAGAAUAGACAAAUUAACAAAGAUCUAAAUAGCUAGACAAGAAGGGUGGCACUGAGUUUUACAGAAAUCUACAAAACAGAAGACAACAAUUGCAUUAAUUUAAUUAUUUUGAACAUAGAUAGCUAUUGACUUAAUGCUUAUUUAAGAAGUGUUAAUCCAAAUGAUUAGUUCAUACUUAAUAAAACAAAAGACAGGGAAUUACAGUGCGAACAUAGUUUGAAAAAUGAAGUUUGACUCUUAAUGAGCAAUGACAAUAAAUGUUCACAUUUUUCAGUAAAACUAGUGUUUUGUCUUCCUCCUACUGCAAAAUGGUAUUUAAAAUAUGUCACCUCACCUCACAUAAUCUGUUAUAUUUUCAUCAAAUGUUUCAAAAUAGAAAUCUGAAAAGAGAGAGAACAUUAUAUGAAGACCUCACACACAUCAUAAGGACAAAAUGUUAUUAAUGAGUAAUGACACACUCAAAUUACAAUGCUGUUCUUAAAUUCAGAUUGUUUCCUAAACUUGUUAAAAUGUAAUAUUUUAAUAUUUCUUGAUAUGCAUCACAUUACAAUUACAUCCAUACGGGAUUGGAUUCUACUGUUCCUACUUCUCUGACUCGUUUUAGUGGGAGUUUUCCCUAAACACAAGAAAUCUUUCCAUUUGGGCUGCAUUUGAUACUUCUGUGUACAUUAGUACCGGUCUGUAUUUUGUCGGGUAUUGUAUACAUGUUGUUCAGUCCAAAAUGAGACUUAGCAAAUAAAUGGCAACAGGAAGCCAGGUUAAUAAUGCAUUAUGUUUUGGAAUUGUGAAACACUUUAAUUUUCAUAUUACAGAGCCCCGAGCAUUUGAAAGUAUUUGGA